CGCACAGACACUUGCAGACACACACAUACAACCAAUACAGCACAUACAACACACAGACAACACACACAGACACCAUGGGACAAAAGGUAUCGACCACCUCCUUCCACAAGGUCGGCGAGGACGAGCCCCACUUUUCCCGGCGAAAGGCGAUCCUGGCCAAGCACCCGGAGAUCAAGGAGCUCUACGGCCCCGACAUCCGCCUGGCCUACUCCAUCGUGGCCCUCGUCGUCGCCCAGCUGGGCCUGGCCGUGCUCUCGCAGCGCAUCGAGAGCCAUGCUUCCUGGCUGUUGCUGUGCUGGUCGAUCGGCGGGACGCUGACCCACUGGCUCUCCCUCGGGAACCACGAGCUCUCGCACAACCUGGGCUUCAAGACCACCCUCUACAACGAGCUCCUGGGCAUGGUGGCCAACUGCGCCCAGGGGAUCCCCUCGGCGAUCACCUUCAAGAAGUACCACCUGGAGCACCACUACAGCCAGGGCGUGGAAAGCAUCGACGUGGACAUCCCCACCACCUGGGAGGGCGAGGUCUUUGACACGCGGCUCAAAAAGGUCCUGUGGGUGAUCCUCCAGCCCGCCUUUUACGCCCUCCGGCCGCUGGUGGUGGCCCCMAAGCCGGUCUGUUUCAAGACGGUUGCCAACACGGCCUCCACCCUGGCCUUUGACGCCGCCUUUGCCUACUGCUUCGGGGUCCGGGCCCUCCUCUUCAACGUCCUUGGCACCCUGCUGGGGAUGGGCAUCCACCCCGUCGCCGGCCACUUCAUCUCGGAGCACUACACCUUUGUGGAGGGCCAGGAGACCUACUCGUACUACGGCUGGCUCAACCUCGUCACCUUCAACGUCGGCUACCACAACGAGCACCACGACUUUCCCCGGAUCCCGGGCUUUCGGCUGCCGGAGGUCCGCAGGAUCGCCCCCGAGUUCUACGAGGACCUGCACAGCUACGACUCGUGGAGCGGGGUCAUCUACGACUACGUCUUUCGCAUCGACAUUGGGCCCUACAGCCGCGUCAAGCGGCCCAACCGCAAAAGCGCGGGGGGCAAGAAGGCGGCCUAGGCUCGAAGAGCGGGCGGGCGGGCGAAUUAGUUUUGGUGUGUGGGGGACGGCGUGGGUUUUUUUAAAAAAGAGUACCGUACAAA